AUGAGGGUUUUGGGAAUUGAGAUUGGAAAAAUGCAGCAGCCUGAUCAUAGGAAAAAAAGCUCGACAGAGAUGGAUUUUUUCUCUGAGUAUGGUGAUGCAAGCAGGUAUAAAAUUCAGGAGGUUAUUGGAAAGGGAAGCUAUGGUGUUGUUUGCUCUGCAAUCGACACUCAUACUGGUGAAAAGGUGGCGAUUAAAAAAAUUCAUGACAUCUUUGAACACUUAUCCGAUGCUGCCAGAAUUCUCCGUGAGAUUAAGCUUCUUAGGCUUCUUCGUCAUCCGGACAUCGUUGAAAUUAAACACAUUAUGCUCCCUCCUUCGAGAAGAGAGUUUAAAGAUAUUUAUGUUGUAUUUGAGCUCAUGGAGUCUGACCUCCACCAGGUGAUCAAAGCUAACGAUGAUCUGACUCGGGAACAUUAUCAGUUUUUUCUUUAUCAGUUACUUCGUGCGCUGAAGUAUAUUCAUACAGCUAAUGUUUAUCAUCGAGAUUUAAAACCCAAAAACAUACUGGCUAAUGCAAAUUGCAAACUCAAAAUCUGUGAUUUUGGGUUAGCUAGGGUUGCUUUUAGUGACACACCUACGACAGUGUUUUGGACGGAUUAUGUUGCCACAAGGUGGUACAGAGCUCCAGAACUAUGCGGGUCAUUUUUCUCCAAGUAUACCCCUGCAAUCGAUAUAUGGAGUAUAGGCUGCAUUUUUGCAGAGGUUCUGACAGGGAAACCACUGUUCCCUGGGAAGAAUGUUGUUCAUCAGCUUGAUUUGAUGACAGACCUGCUUGGCACUCCAUCUUUGGACACUAUAUCUCGAGUUCGAAAUGAAAAAGCUAGAAGAUACCUUACAAGCAUGAGGAAGAAACAGCCUGUGCCAUUUGCGCAGAAGUUUCCGAAUGCUGAUCCCUUAGCUUUACGAUUACUGGAAAGACUGCUGGCUUUUGAUCCCAAGGACAGGCCUACUGCUGAAGAGGCUCUGUCUGAUCCUUAUUUUAAGGGACUGGCCAAAGUUGAAAGAGAACCUUCUUGUCAGCCUAUAUCAAAGAUGGAGUUUGAGUUUGAGAGACGAAGAGUUACAAAGGAGGACGUUCGUGAGUUAAUAUUCAGAGAAAUACUAGAGUAUCAUCCUCAGCUGUUGAAAGAUUACAUGAACGGUGUAGAAAGGACCAACUUUCUCUACCCUAGUGCUGUCGAUCAAUUUAGAAAGCAGUUUGCACAUCUUGAAGAAAAUGGUGGUAAACAGAGUACAGUGAACCCGUUCGAGAGAAAGCAUGUUUCUCUUCCUAGGUCCACAGUUGUACAUUCAAAUCCGGUACCACCUAAAGAGCAGGCAAGAGGUACUAUUUCAAAAGAUAGGCAGCAGAACGGGGAAGAGGUGUGCUCCAGAAGUACCAGAGAACCUGACUUGCUUUCUGGCAGUUUAUCAAGAGCCCUGCCUGCACAGCAAAGGGUCUCUCAAGCAAAACCAGGAAAAGUAGUUGGGCCUGUUUUAGCAUCUGAGUAUGGAAAUUUCACUAAAGAAGCAUACGAUCCUAGAACAUUCAUCAGAAACCCGAUCCUUCAACAGCCACCACAGGUAACUACUGCAGCGUACUGUUACCAUGGCAGUAAUGGGUCCAUGAAGCAGGACAUGUCAUCCCUGCAAAACGAGAGGAACCUGUCUACACAAACACGGCAAAUGCCUCAAUAUGGCAUGGCAGCAAAGGUGUCGCCGGACAUUGCCAUUAACAUUGAUGGCAACCCAUUUUACAUGACGCGAGCUACAGGGACAAAGGUGGACCAUGGCAAUGACAGGAUAACAAUCGACACAAACCUAUUGCAGGCGAAAGCUCCAUACAGUGGUGUAGGCGUUGCUGCAGCAACUAGUGCUGCUGCAACAAAUAGGAAAGUAGGAGCAGUUCAGUAUGAGGUGGAUCGGAAGGCCAAGAUCCAACUUCCUCUGCUUUUCUCGCAUUGCCCUCUCUCUUAUCAAUGUGUUUUUACUGAACGCCUUACAAUUUCUAUAUAUAAGCUAGGAACACCGAAAAGAAAGGUUUCGACGAGCAGCCUGCAAUUCAUGAUAUCUCUUGUGCCUAUAAAAGGCCAGGAUGGAGUAUUUUAUAUGCUAUUGAAGAAGCUGGCGUUUGAUGUGCCUGGAGUAUUUCAAAAUCAAUUGGAGAAGCUGGUCUUGGAUGUUCCUAGUCUGGCUGUUCCAGUUAUCACCAGAUCACUCCUUUUUAGAUGUCUUAAACAUCUUGAACUGGUUGUUGGAGUAAUAAGUGAUGCACGUCUCGUCUUCCUUGUAUUCUUGGCUAUGGCAUGUCCUUUGUUGUCGACCUUUACCAUUCAGAAAACCUAUGGAGAUCUUGUGCGUCAAAGAAGAAGUGCACAGGAGGAGCUGGCGAGUUAUCAUCAUAAAUGUUUGAAAUGGUUGAAAUUCAUUAAUUUCUGCGGUAACAUGAACUAUAUUGAGUUUGCGUUGGACUUGUUUCAAAUUGCCAAAUCUCUUGAGAAGUUAACUACAGAAACGGAUCCUCAACGCGUUGCUGUUACAAAGUACCGAGCCCACCUGCUUGAAGAAAAUUUACCAGCCGGGUGUGAAUUGGUUAUACACUACUAG